AUGUCUGGAGCUGGGGAUCGAGAGGCUGUCUUUCCGACGCGGCAGUCGUUGGGUAUUAUGAAGGCGAAGCUCAAGGGAGCUGAGACGGGUCACAAUUUACUGAAGCGGAAGAGCGAGGCCCUUACCAAACGUUUCCGAGAAAUCACACGGCGAAUCGACGAAGCGAAGCGCAAGAUGGGUCGGGUCAUGCAGAUUGCUGCGUUCUCCCUGGCGGAGGUCACAUAUGCUGUAGGUGGUGAUAUCGGUUACCAAGUACAAGAGUCCGCCCGAUCAGCACGCUUCCGACUGCGCACUAAACAAGACAACGUUUCCGGUGUCCUAUUACCCUCGUUCGAGAGCUAUUUAACGGAGGGCAACAAUGACUUUGGCCUAACUGGUCUCGGCAAAGGUGGUCAACAAGUGCAGAGGUGUAGAGAGACCUAUGCGCGUGCUGUAGAGACGCUAGUUGAGCUCGCUAGUCUUCAAACCGCCUUUGUGAUUCUAGACGAAGUCAUCAAGGUUGUGAACCGAAGAGUGAAUGCCAUAGAACACGUUAUUAUCCCGAGAACAGAAAACACCAUCAAGUACAUCAACUCGGAGCUCGACGAGCUAGACAGAGAGGAGUUUUACAGAUUGAAGAAGGUCGCCGGCAAGAAGCAACGCGAUACUGCCGCCGCGGAUGCCGAGAUGAAGGCCAAGAAAGAAGCUCAGGCCAAGGCAGAAGCAGAAGGUGGCCAGAAGGCCCAGCCGCACGACUCGGGACCAUCAGACGUACUAGCCACCGAGGACGACGAUAUUAUCUUUUAG